UAUGAGCUUUCCACCAGAGUAAUUCUUGCGAAGGUAAUUUCACAAUCUUCACCACCAAUCAAUGAAGUCCUCGCCUCGCCGAUCCGAUCCGUAUCAGUCACCCAAUUUUCUCUAUUUUCAUCAUCUUUUUGUUGAUUCGAUGUAUGAUCUGAAUUAGUUUCAACUUAAGUCAUUCUCUCUCUCUGGUUUCUCUCCAGCUGAUUCGAACAAGAUAUUAGUAGGUGUAAUUGGGGAGGAUCAGAUGGAGUGGGCGACACUACAGCAUCUAGAUCUCCGGCAUGUCGGUCGCAGUUCCAAACCCUUGCAACCUCACGCCGCCGCAUUUCACCCUACUCAGGCACUCAUUGCUGCCGCCGUAGGAUGCCACAUUAUCGAAUUUGAUACAUAUACUGGAAGCAAAAUCUCUUCGAUUGACAUUGGUUCCCCUGUUGUCCGUAUGUCUUAUAGUCCGAUUAACGGGCACACAGUGAUUGCUAUACUUGAGGAUUGUACGAUUCGAUCAUGUGAUUUUGAUGCUGAGCAGACUUGUGUAUUGCAUUCACCUGAAAAGAGGAUGGAACAAAUUUCUACUGACACAGAAGUCCAUCUUGCUUUGACCCCCCUUCAGCCUGUAGUCUUCUUUGGUUUCCACCGUAGGAUGAGCGUUACAGUUGUUGGAACUGUCGAAGGGGGGAAGGCACCAACAAAAAUAAAGACAGACCUGAAGAAACCUAUUGUGAAUCUUGCUUGCCAUCCUCGCCUUCCUGUCUUGUAUGUAGCUUAUCAAGAUGGCUUAAUUCGAGCUUACAACAUCAAUACAUAUGCUGUUUACUACACAUUACAACUUGACAACACGAUUAAGCUCAUGGGUGCCGGUGCAUUUGGAUUUCAUCCAAUGUUAGAAUGGGUUUUUGUUGGAGAUAGACGGGGUACACUUCUUGCAUGGGAUGUAUCGACCGAGAGGCCUCUUAUGAUUGGAAUUACACAAGUGGGAUCUCAACCAAUCACAUCAGUGGCUUGGCUGCCAAUGUCACACUCACUUGUUACUUUAUCCAAGGAUGGAACUCUUCAAGUAUGGAAAACACGAGUGAUACUGAAUCCUAAUAGACCUCCAAUGCAAGCAAAUUUUUUUGAGCCUGCAGCAAUUGAAUCAAUUGACAUCCCGCGCAUUCUCUCUCAGCAAGGGGGAGAGGCAGUGUAUCCCCUACCACAAAUUAAAGCUUUAGAAGUUCACCCCAAGUUAAAUUUAGCAGCUUUGCUAUUUGCAAGUAUGACUGGUGGAGACAAUCGGAAAAAUAGAGCUGCAUACACAAGGGAAGGAAGGAAGCAGCUGUUUGCAGUUCUGCAAAGUGCACGGGGAUCUUCAGCAUCUGUUUUGAAGGAGAAGCUUGCAUCUCUUGGUUCAUCUGGAAUUCUAGCUGACCAUCAACUUCAAGCACAACUGCAAGAGCACCAUUUGAAAGGGCAAAGUCAGCUAACCAUAUCAGACAUAGCACGAAAGGCUUUUCUUUAUAGUGAUGACAUACUUGGAAUUAGCUUGAGGAUUUUUUGGUUGGAGUUUCUUGGCCUUCAUGAUAUGACCUCUUGCACAAAUGCUGGGGAGAAUUAUGAGGCUUCAUUGUCUCUAUUUGUAUCUAUAUACUGGGUCCAACGUAGGAAGACACAUCGAGGACCAGCUGGUGACACUGGGUGCUUCAGUUUGACGAUAUGCAAUGGCUGCAAGCAAAAGGUCUCUGAUGUAGUUUCAAUUGAAUUUGAUGUAAAGGUGGUGUCAAGCUUGAUUGCUUUCAAUCAAAUGGACUCACCCCCAUAUUUCCUGGUCCCUGAUGGUGAACCCCUAUCUUUAAGGGAAUACAUGUGCUGGUUGGAUGACAAAACUCGUCCUGGUGGUCUGAGGGACCGACUUGUGGUGUGUAGAAAAUUCAGCUUGGGCCAUUCCGCAAAGCAUUUUAUGGAAGGACAUGCUAAAAAUGCUCCAAUAUCUCGGUUGCCUCUCAUCGCUAUCUUAGACAGUAAACAUCAUCUUAAAGACACUCCUGUUUGCGAGCCAUUUCAUCUGGAGCUAAAUUUCUUCAAUAAAGAGAACCGAGUUCUUCAUUAUCCUGUUAGGGCUUUCUACGUAGAUGGUGUAAACCUUAUUGCCUAUAGCCUCUCAUCUGGUGUGGAAAAUACUUACAAGAAGCUUUACACCUCGAUUCCUGGAAAUGUAGAAUUCCAUCCGAAGCAUAUGGUUUACAGUAAAAAGCAGCACCUAUUUCUAGUUGUAUUUGAGUUCAGCGGAAUGACCAACGAAGUGGUUUUUUACUGGGAAAAUACUGAUUCUCAGUUGUCUAAUAGUAAAGCAAGCAUGGUCAAAGGUAGAGAUGCUGCAUUUAUUGGCCCUAAAGAUAACCAUUUUGCAAUUCUUGAUGAGGAUAAGAUUGGGUUUUCGUUAUAUACGCUGCCGGGAGCAGCUGCACAAGGGGCCGACAUGAAGAAUGGAACACUUGAUCAAAAUCAAUCUGAGGAUAUGGAAGUUGGCUCUAUUAAGAAACCACUGCAGUUUAUGUUUGACAGUGAAGUGGAUCGCAUCUUUUCUACCCCGCUAGACUCAACAAUGAUGUUUGCUUCUCACGGGGACCAGAUUGGCUUGGCAAAGCUUGUUCAAGGGUACCGUGUCUCAGCCAGUGAUGGCCAUUACAUAUCUACAAAAGCUGAAGGGAAAAAGUCAAUCAAGUUGAAAGUGAAUGAGAUUGUACUCAAGGUUCAUUGGCAAGAAACCUUGAGGGGCUAUGUUGCAGGAAUUAUAACUACACAAAGGGUGCUUAUUGUUUCCGCAGAUUUGGAUAUAUUGGCCAGCAGUUCUACAAAAUUUGAUAGAGGACUUCCUUCAAUAUCCUCAGAUGCAAAAACUUAA